UCUACUUCCAACAUCGAUUUAUCCGCGAGCAGCUUAUCCUCCUUGACGUCCAAGUUAACCAACGAGUCACGCUACUACCGGCUACUUCACAGCAUCUUUCGCCAUGGCAGAUCCAAGAAUAAGGCAAAUUAAGAUCAAAACUGGCAUCGUUAAACGGCUGGCGAAGGAGGAGAUUUCGUACGUGAACGAGGCGAAGCAGCAGGAGGAGAAGGUCGAGCGCAUGAAAGCGGAGGCGGGAGAUGAAUAUGUCAUCAAGAAACAGAUGGAGGUGUUGAACGAGUCCAAGAUGAUGAUUCCAGACUGUCGCCGGCGUCUGGUCACGGCUCACGCAGAUCUGCUCCAGUUACUAGAAACAGAAGAGGACUUGGCUGAAUUAGAGGAGUACAAAGAGGCCAGAAACGUCCUGGACUCGGUGAAGCUCGAAGGAUGAUUUCUGAUGUGUCUCUGUUUUCUCACUGUGAGAAUGCGCCACUCGCUUAAACGUCCAUUCCUUUUUGUUGGGGCCUUGUCUGGAUCCACUCAGGGUCUCUGAUCGUGGUGUAAUUAUUUCUACUGUUUACCGCUAACGUGCCACCGCUCCCCCCACAUCGAUGUACAACACGCCCCCUCCUCCAAAUCUCAUCCUCCACAAGGAGAACAACAUAAACACUCGGUUUAUUCCAGUAGAAAGGUGCACGAGUUUUUCCUUUCAUCGGUAUUAUUGUUGUUUUUUUUUUUUUUUUUAUUCUUUUAUUUGGCUUGAUUGAAUAUUUAUCGGCUGCCUUCUCUACACCGAGGACGACGUGCUUCAAUGUUGGACUGUAGCAGCAGAAAUAAUCCGUUUGAUGGUGUAAUAAACCAGCUGGGAUCAGCACACUGACACAGAA